UCAGGUGGCUGCAUGUGGCCUCUGACAGAUUAAUGUGCAGCCCCAGGCUCUCACCCAGAUGCCACUGCCUGCUGCUUGUAUUGCUCCAGCUGCAAUAGCAGCCAGUCUCCAGGCUUCAUUACUUUCCUCCAGAAGCGCAGGAGCUGAUGGUGAGUUUGGACCCCAGGGAAGGCAGGGCAAAUCAUGCCUGCAGGAGCAGUGGUGGGGAGCACCCAUGUGGGUACGCAUUACCUCAGGGAAGAUAACUCUCAUGCAAGUGCACAUUGAACCAAGGUGCCAGGGAAUUGCACUCACACCAGGGUGCGCUGCGGCUGGAGGGAAGGGAGGGUAUCUGUAUGGUUCAUCUGGUGUAGCCUACCCAUCAUUCAGCCCCCACUAGUCCAGCCCUCAGGGGCUUAGAAGUUGGACAGCCCUGAUAUAGAGCAUGUAGGAGUGGUCCUAUCUUAAUUAUUGCUAACUUGAAACUCAAAAAUGUUGACACUAGUGUGUGUGAGAGAGAGAGAAAAAGCAGAUAAGGACACUAUGAUCACUCCACUGACACCACUGGCAUGGCUUAUUAGAACCUAAACCUGUAAGCCAGUGAUUCUUAACCAAGGUGCUGUGACACGAGGUACCACAGCAAUAUUAACACUGUGCUGCGGAGUGCUGUAUAAUAUUAGUAGUGUUAGGUGUGCAAGCACUUACACAAGAUUCAUGAGAUAAGUGAAUCCCAUAAAGUUCAUGAAGGAAUCCAGAGCAUCAAAAAAAUCCUGACCUGCGUGGUCUUUCUGAGUUCUCUGCACCAAAAGAAUUGCAAAUUAUUUUUCUGUGGUCAAAAAAACUUAAGUCGAAGCUAUAAACUGGCAUUAUCUGUGGGGUGCCUUGAGUUGAAUAAGCAGCACCUGGAGUCUAAAGUGGUUGAGAACCACUUCUGUAAGCAUGUGCUACCACACAUUGUACUUCUUACAAUGACUUACUCAUAGACUUUUGCAAAACUGAAACCACAACUUGUAAGGGAAUUGAUUAUCUCUGCAGACAUGUUGUCUUACAUCACCAGUGGUGAUGCGUAGGGGGUGCAUGGGGGUGCACAUGCACCCCCUGAGAGUGCUGGUGCACCCUCUGACAGGCCGCAUUCCCCACUUAGGUGAUGGGCAGGGGGAGCAGGCAAGAGUGCUGGUGCCCCCCUGAAAGCACUGGCCAGGGAGUGGAAGUGCCAGAUAAAGCACCAUGGCCACUUCUGGGAGCACCACAGCCACUUCCCAGUUGGUGCGAUCCAGUUGGCGAGACUGGCCGUGGGGGGAGCCCCCCCCAGUCACUGACUGGUCGCUGAGGGGAGCAUGUGCCCCCCUGACUAAGGUGGCACCAAUCACCCAUGUAGGUGACCCAGACAGAAUAACCUUUCCCCACAAUCCUGAAAUAUCCUUCCCCAUCUAUUGGAUGUGACGUUGUAUUUUGCAGUUAAUGUUUGGGAUUAUUUUUCUCUUUCCUCUCUGGUUUGCAAUGGGAUGAUACCUGUACUGCUCUUUUAAAAUUGCACACUUUCUACCCAAUCCUACCUGGUUUUCUGUUGUAGACUGUUGCAAAAAAUUCUGUUUCAGUAUGCUUUUUAAAUUUCUAAAAGUUCUUACUCAAGUUUGGGCAACAUCUAUACUGCAAAUUUGCAGCCAGGCACAGAUUAAAAUCCUUGUUUUAUAAAGGAAAUAGAGAUCUUUAAGGUGGAAGGUCGCCACUAAAAUGCUGAGAGAAAGGUGAGACUUUUCUACGGUACACUGGUAUUCCUUUGGAAUGCUUGUUUGUUCCUGCCUCAGUUCACCUGUAGCUAUUUCUUAAUUAUUUUUCCCUGUUGAUUACAUUUCUGUAGACAGAAGUUUAAACUGUUUUCUUCCAGCAAAAAGUCUGGCACUAAUAUUGCACCACUGCUCUGCAAAAAAAUGUUUUAGAGGACAUAUACUAACAGUGUCACACUAGUUUUGUCCCAGUUUACUUUGAAAUGGUUAACAAUGUCUGUCUUUGAGUUCACAGUCCUAUUCCAGAAAUACCUGUGGUUUAGCCUGAUCACAGUGCCAAAGAAUUCAUACAAAGACAGAUGGGAGUAGAAAAUUUUGCAAUGAAGAAUAUGGAAUGAGAUGAGAUCACAGCAUCAGUCUGUUCUUUGUAGAUCUGGACAAUGAUCACAGAGACAGAUUGGAUUAGUGAAACCUAUUUACCAGAAGUUCAGAGCAGUUGCAUGAAGCUGAUAGGCAGUCAGUCGAGAGAAGUGGAAAAUGCAUCAGAUUUACAGCUGCGGCGAUGAAAAUUUAGAAGUUUUCACCACUGUGAUUUCAUCCAAAUCAUGCAGUCCAGCCAGAAGGAAAGUCAAAGGCACACAACGCAUUCUAGCAAAGAGCGUGGUAGCAGCGUCUGAUUGUCGACCUCCCAGGAUGGAUGAGUUGCUGCCACGCCAAGGUGAUCUCAUCCAAGUCCUGUACAGGCAGGAUGAGGUGAGGAACUUUGGCUGCCUGCAAAAGAGCCAGCAGCGAUUCUUUCCUGGCAAAUGUGCAGCCAAGCACAUGGGAAGUUCUGAACAAGAGUCAUCCAAGUCCUAUGCUAACCACUCAGAUGGAAAAUUUUCAUUUCCGGCAUCCCCAGUUACCCACAUCAAAAUGAAACGGGCUGUAGUCACAGCAUCAACUACAGAUGACAGUGCUUUUGCAGAAGACUACAGAAGGCACUCAAAGAAGAACACCGACUAUGACUUAGCCUUGACCCCAGGAGCAGAAGCUUCUUUACCUCUGACAGGCAGCAACUUGUGUGGAACACCUGGCAUCCUGAGAAAAAUGUGGAUGAAGCACAAGAAGAAGCCAGAAUAUCUAGGAGCAACAAACAGUGCCUUUGAAGCAGACUGACAAGCCUCAGCUUUGCUUUUGCAAGAAAUUUAUUUACCAAGGGCAAAACAUGGACACAAUACUUACCAAACACUAUCUCGGGCCUUUGCCUUACCUGGACAGGAGAAAGGAUAAUAGUGAGGGAAAAGGUGAAUGUAAUCAAAUUCAAUAGUCAGUAUUCGUAUUGCAAUAUUUCUGAUGCCAGUCAAGUUGUAACAGAUUCUACCCUUGAUUUUUUAAUACAGUUAACAUAGUCAUCACAUUUCCUUGUUCUAUCUUAAAUAAGUUAGCUUCAUAAUGACAAAAGACUGCAAAGAAGUUUGUGUAUCCCACAAGACCUCAACUUCAGUAUGCCAUUAAUACCCAGUUCUGCUUUCCAUUUUGUACUACUACACUGAACUAUUCUGUCCCUUCCUCCCUUGUCAUUUUCUCUGGGGUACAAGAGGUAAAAACCAAAUCCCCUGGAGGACACACUUUGCUGAGUGCAUUGAACCAAUACAUGUUUAUUCUGUUUUGUAUUUGAGACAGGACUAGAUAAGUGAAAGGAUACGAAACGAAUGGGUGGGUUAGUCGGAACUGAAACAAAACUUUGGUGCACAACCAGCAAUUGGUUGUUUUAAAAUAUCAUGCCCAGAUCGCAUCAUGCCACAUCAUGCAUCUGAAAGUCACUCAGGAGUUAUACUGUUUCAUAGAACCUGCUCAAAUGCUAAAUAUAAAAUUUCAAAGUAAUACAAUAGCAUUGUGGUACAGAGCAUUUUGCCAAAUGCAUGAGUUACUAAGAGACAAGAUAAGAUGUUGAAACUGUACAGCUGGACUACUAAGUAGGAUUUUGCACUCCUGCAGUGAAGCUUGCUCUUAAAAGCUAAUCACUUUAAUAAGAUUUCUUCAAAAGGAGAAAAAUUGCUGAUUUCAUAUUUCUGGCAGUGUAGGAGCUGCUGAUCAUGUUUCUUCAUCUCCCCCCCUGCAAAAAAAAAAAAAAAAGAAUAUCCCAAAAUAAAUUGUUUUUAGAAGCAUUACAAGCAACUUUAUAUUUGAUAAGACUGAAAAAAUGACAAAUGCACAUGACGCACAUGGAGCGUGCUUACCAGAUCUGGCCCUUAAUUUGCCAGAAUGGACACUUUUUGAAUUCGUUCUAAUGUAGGACUUCAACAUGAAUUUUCUGACAUCCCUUUGCCCCUGUGAACAUAAGAAAUAUCAUCAGGAAUGAUGCAAGGUGCAACAGUCCAAAAUUUAAAUUAAAAAGGUGAUUGGACUAAUCCAUUCAUCGUCUGCAUUUUAAAUGAGAGUGGUUCCUAUACAGUCAGUGUAAUUAAAAUGGCUCACCAUCACGUGUAAAGCCCCCCAGCCUACUUCUCAUGUUUCAAAAUGGCCAGGGGGCACUAUAAAAUUCAUUUGACAAGCUUUAGUUGGAAUGCCCCCAUGACCAUUUUGAAAUGCAAAGGGCUUAUAACGUGAUGCUGAGGCAAUACUGGAGCGUUCUAAUUAGAAUGUGAAGCAGACUCAAUUAAUCAAGUCUACUCCAGUGUGUUCUAAUUAGAAUGCUAAUGAGCAUGUCUAUAGGCAUCCUUAAAAAUUGAAACCCCACAAGUGAGAAACUAGAACUUCACAAUGAAUCACUGCCAUCCAGUGCACUUGGCUCCAUAUUAAUGCUUCAUUUGCAGUUGUAUCCUUCAGAAAGAGGUGCUGAAUUAUUCUGGAAAGCUAGGAAAAUCAUUUUAGUUCAAAAUAGUUCUUUUCCUUACCAAGUACAUAAUCAUUCCCUAGUCCAGGAUCUAUACACAGACUCAGUCCAGAGAGGCAGAUCACUACAUGAGAGAGGAGAAUUGAAAGCUGCUGCAUGUGUCACAAAUGAUGUGACAAGAGCUAGCUACACAGUUCAUGCUAUAAACACUCUCUAUGUUGGGGAGAACUCCCCUAGGUGGGGGAUUGUAGGAGUGGCCCUACCUGCCUCUGAGGGUGUGCACAGAAGUUACAUUUUCACAUGAUGAGGCCCCAGAAUGUUCUCUAUAUCCACAACACAAAAUGUUCACAGCUGCAGAGCACUUUUAAAAUGGCCAAAUCACAUGAAAAUGUAACCCUCAUCUGAUGUAGUAUCAGACAGGGGUGCUGCAGGGCAGAGCACCUUAGAGAACCUCUGUACAGGUUCCCUGAGAGGGUUAAUUUUGGGCAAUGCCACCCACAUCCUAUGCAGUUUUGUGGGACUGGGCUAGUCCUCAUGUGGGCAAGCACGGACCCAACCCCGCCCCCAGGCUGUCACAAAGAGGAGACAGGAAACCUGUUUCCUCCCUGUGCAGCCAGGUGGGGUGAAAAGAAGGGAGUCCCACUGCUGCAUAAGCCUCCUACCAGCUACCCCUGCUGGGGUCCUGGGGGGAACUGGGCUGGGCCCACAUGGCAGGGGGGUCUCCCUUUCCCCAACUCCCCACUUCCCACACAAACAUUCUGACAGCAGCAGAGUGCCUCACCCAGACCUGGGGAGAAAACGUCCUCCUGGGCCCAUCCUAGCUCCCCCCAAGACUCCAGCAUGGACAGCUGGGGGAGCACACAAAGUGGGGGGGGCUCCAUUUCUUCCCCCCCCCACCCCAGUUCUGGGUGCAACAGCCUCUGCUACUGUCAAGAUAUUCAUGUGGAGUGUGGGGAGAAGGAAGGGAGCCCUCCCUGCCAUGUGGGCCUGGCUCAGCUGCUCCCCAGACCCUAGCAGGGACAGUUGUGGGGGGAAGGGAAGGGAAGGCAUGCAGUGGGGGGCUCCAUCUUCCCCCCUCCCCACAGCUGCUGCUUACAGUUGCAACUGGCUGGAGUUGGGGCUGGGGAAAGGGGUAGUCUGGCAGCCUCCUGGGAACAUGGCUAAAGCACCUUCCCAACAGGCUGCCUAGACUUCUGUACAGACCCUGGGACAUACUACCAUUACAUGGAGCAGAAGAGAGGAGAGUUAUGUUGGAGGAGGUCUGUGACUUUUCAGGGAACAGCAAAUAUGUCAAUAGCUGAGGAAAGCUGAGUUCAAUCAUGUCUUCAUAUCUUCAACACAGUUCGAGGGGGUUAAUAGAACUUUGCAGAAAAUUUGUUGAAAAACAGGGUUUUUUUUCACAAAGGCUCUUCCCUCUGCAAUAUACUUGACAGAUUUUAGUGCCAUGGAUAACUCAUAUAAUCCUAGGGCAAUUAACCCAUCAGAAAUCUUUCGUCUUGGACAACAGCAAGUUGCAGUCAGAAUGAAGGAUGAUGGAGACCAGCUAGGAAAGGGAAGACGGGAGCAAAUUACUAUUUUAACACAGGGUUUGAUGCUGGAAGGGAAUGAGCACCGGCAACUUCUACUGACAUCCAUAAGUGUGAAGAGUGCCCAGCACUUUACAAGAUCAGAUCCUUAAUGUUUGCAUUAACCCUUAGUAGCAAAAAUGAAAGAGAAACAAAUAUACUUUGCCCCUGAAACACACCAACUUCCAACUACUUCCCAAGUUUUUCAUGAGGCAUUAGUAGCUCUUGAAUAAUGCAUCACACCCACCCCAUAGGCUUUAUCAUAGGCCCCAAUUGCAUGAUAUGCAAUUGUAUUCAACAGCCACUGUGCCCUAAAUGUGUACCCUGAAUUGUUUUCCCAUAAUUUAUUUAAUUUAUAACUCAGAGCAACAUGACAAUGGAAUCACUUAAUGUGAAUUUCAAAAGUUGCUGUGAAGAUUUUUUUUUGUAUUGUGGCAACUAUCCAUUUUGUUGAUUCAUAUGAAAUAAAGCAAAAUGAAAUAGGUAGCAAAUGGCUGAACAUCGUCUUAGUGACUGAAAGAGAAGACUCCAGAAGUACAGGAAACUCUCACUACUUGCUGUUUCAAAUAUUCGUGAAUGCUGAACCUGCAUAUUAAAUACACUUAAAAGAGCUCUCACCAUAAUCGCCUCCAUGCCCCCCCCAGCCACCAGGGGCACUGCAUUCAUGAAUGCAGACGGCAUUCAUGAACACUACCUUAUUCGCAGAUUUCGCUGUUUGCUGGGGAUAUCAGAACGUAUCCCCCGCAAAUAGCAAGGGUCUCCUGUAUUUAACAAAAAAUAAAAGCAGCACCUAACAACAAAGGAACUGACAUUUUCUUUCCUUUCUAGGAACGAUGGUUCUGGAUUUAGGACCCAGAUACUUGUUCCAGUCCCACCCUGAGACCGACCACAACCUUUCCAUUCAAUAAUAGGCAAAUUUAUUGAUACACAGCGAUAACAGAAAAGAAACAAUACAAACAGUCAAGCAAUUCUAUAUAUCUCCCAAUUCUAGGGCUGUCAUCAGAGUUGAGAAAUGUCUGGCCAAGACAGGCUUCACUCUGAGGCUCUCUCUCAGGUGUCAGAUGUAAGCAUGUCAGCAGCCUGGAGGUCGAAUACCAAGGCCUACAUCCCCCCUCCAGUGGGAUGGAUGAGAUGGGCUGGUGGUGUGCCCUCUGUCCAUGGUGGCCUUGGGGACCCCCUCCUGGGGGACAGGAACCACUCUCAGGGACCCUCUCAGGGAGGAGGACAGGGAAGGACCCAGGCAGGACAAGGAGGAUGAGAACAGGGAGGGACACUUUGCUGCUCCAAAGUCCUUCUUUUGUAUUCUCCUUCCCUCCUGAUGACAUCUGUGACUGUCACCGAUUGGUCUCUCUGUGGUUGUCAUACUGUCCACGUCCUCUUCUAUCAACAUAUUCCAAGACCAUCACAUGCACUCUCUUACCAAAACAGGAAUUUUAGGCCCCCCUGUUUGGCCUUGCAAUCUGGUGCCACUUCAUCUCAUGUUAUAGAAUAGUGUACUACAUGCCCCCACUUUCUCAGACAAGUCAAGUGUUAAGACAAGUCUGUCUGCUUCUGAAAGUUGAAGUAACUGUAUGUGUGACCCAGGCUUUUAAAAAUCGAUUAACCCCUGCUGCCCACCCUGACCCAUUCUUGUGUGUGUGUGUGUGUGUGUGUGUGUGUGUGUAUUGCCCACCCAUAAUGCAUAUACAUUAAAAUGGUUCAGGGUGGGCAGCAGGGGUUAGUUGUGUGCAUGUGUAUGCGUAUGCGCAUUAGAAUCGUUAUAUACAUACAUAUACACGCACAACUAUAAGUCAAUUCCCAAAAAAGGAAGCCUUUAAAUACUAUUUCUAAGCCAUCAGGAAAAAGUCUGGAUUUGAUCUUUUAGGACUCUGGAUUUGACCUCUGAACAACAGCAGUAUUACUUUCUAUAACUAAAAAUACUAAUCUUUUAUUAUUAGACAAGAAGUGUCAGAUGGAAGGUACUAAAGAGAGAUGGAAAUCAAAUAUAAAACAACAUUUUAAAAAACUGGCACUAAGUACAUAAGCUAUUAAUUCAGCCUUUUAUUUACCUACAGAUAAGGAAAACCAAGACAGAUAUUCCCCAAAGUCCUAAAAAGCUUGUGGCAGAGAUGGUUAUAGAAUCCAAGUUUCUCGCACGUAGCUGUUUGGUUGAAUGACAAAAGCGCAGCAUAAUACACUGUGCUUUAAGCUGUAGCACUUGUACUGAAUCACAUAAUAAGGUGUGUCCCUGAUUCUGGAAUUUAAAUCUAGCAGCAUUCCACAAAGAGAUGAGGUCCCCAUUGUGAUAGAUCUGACGUCUUGAAGAAAUAACAGAAAAUUAAAAUCUUGUGUGGGUAUUAUCUAAACAAUGUGGACUUCUGGAAUACUAUAGAGUUCAACUCAGAAUGACAUGUCUUGUCUUUCUAAUUCCCUCCAUCCCAUGUAGCUCAUGUUCAAAGAUUUGCAAAGCCUGAGGACAGUUUGCCAGUGUGGGUGGUACUUGCAUUAAAAUGGCUGGAGUUUGAAUAUAGUUUGGAUGAAUCAUUCAUGCCAAAAGUUUCCGCUUUUUCAGGAUAAUAAAAAUGUCAUCCUUGUUAGGGAUUCAGCUGAAUACACUGUGUUCACUAAAAUAUAUCAGAAUGCAGACUUCCAAUAUGUCUUACAACAUGCAAAAAAAAAGUUGCAAUUCAGCUAA